AUGUCGGAGAAACGCGCUCUCCUCGGCCGGCCGCUACCUCGUUUCGGUUCACGGCCCACGACGCUGCUCCUCGUCGGCCUCACCAUCCUUGCCCUCACCUUGAUCAGGGUCAUCUCCACGACGCUGACCUCCCCGCACCGCGGAGCCCAUGACGACAACGUUUCCGCCCGGCGAAUCGGCGGCUCCCUGUCCAAGAUGGGCGUGAAUCCCUUCCGGCAGCCGGCUCACCCUCCCCCGUCGCAGGAAAACGACAAGCACCAAGGCUCGUGGUGGUGGGCCGACUGGAAGUGGUUCUCCGUUCCCUUCUCCAGCUCCCUCACCCUCCACCCGGAUCGAGCGCUGCUCCCCCAUCUCCCCGUGCGGCAGCCGAUAUACUGCUACUACGACGGCACGGCGCAGAGGGCGCCGGGGGAAGAGGAUGCCGAGCGGGCGCUGCUGCGAACGUGGCAGCGUGCCUGGUGGGCCCAGGGUUUCCGGCCCGUCAUCCUGGGCGUUGCCGAGGCCAUGAAGAACCCGACGUACGAGCACCUGCAGCGGCUCGAAAUGGCAGACGAGGUGAAGCUCGACCUCACGCGCUGGCUUGCUUGGGAGACGAUGGGCGGCGGCGUGCUGGCUCACUACACGCUGCUGCCGACGGUGCCCGCGGGGGACUCGCUGCUUUCCUACCUUCGCCGCGGCCUGUACCCGGAUCUGACGCGAUGGAAGGACCUCGGCGACGCCUUGUUCGUCGGUGAAAGGGAGGACAUUCAGGCGGCCUUGCGGGCCAUGACGGAGCCGGCGAGCUUGCCCUUGCUCGGCGGCGGCUUGGCGGGCGCUCCCGAUGGCUUAUUCAAAAUCGACGAAGCCGCGACUCCGCUGGCUUGGUACAGCCCCCGGGCCAUCGCCAAAAAGUACAGCAAGGUGGCCGAGAGCUUCGAGAGAAACCGUGCCGAGGGCCUCCAGAGUCUGGACACGCUCAUAAACACCCACCUCCACGUCGCCUGGCAGAAUCGCUUCCCCGACGGCGUCGACGUCCUCAAGCCUCACCCGGAGCACACGACGACCAUGAUCGCCAACGCCCUGAAGCUCGGCCGUGAACUGGCUCUGUGUCCCGACAGCCCCAUGCCCGGCUCCUGUCCCCCCAACAUGCCCAGGUGCACACCCUGCGUGGCGAGGCGGCCGAUGCAGGUCUCGACGCCCGAAAGGUUCCACAACGUGAGCGCCAUCUUCACCAUAGCCGUGGUGCCUCAUCCGUGGACCUUGGCCCUCGUCUCCAACCUGCGCGAGUCCCUCGACGUCUCGUGGAUUCGCCGCGAGUCGCCGCGCGACUCCUGGAUCACCACCGUCACGCGUGGCCUCCUCGGCACCGGCCUUUCGGCCGGCCGACGGGUCAUGAUUCUCAAGCAGAUCGUCGUCGACGAGCGCCUUCCGGCCCGGUCCCUUUGGCUGACGGCGGAAAACGACAUGGCCGACGACAUGGACUGGUAUUUUGGCUUCGCCAUCCCCCAGCAGGGCAUGGACAAGGGGGAGUCCCAGAGUCCCGUGCCUGGCCAUCGGCUGCUCAAGAAGGAGGAUGAGAUGCCGGAUCGCAUCGACGGACCGGUGGCGACACCCGAGGAGCUCGUCAAGGAACCGCCGUUGCUCGAGCGGGCCAAGGCCGUCGUGGCGCUGACGAAAUCGACGGGCGAGACGAAGCUGCGAGCCUCGAUGGAGGCAUGGAACAUGGCCGACUCGGAGCUUUGGAGAUUUGUUCGCGCAUUCGAGGCACGCCGUGCCCUCGAGCGAUCGGAGUGGGAAAAGGGCGAGGCCGAGUAUAGCACCGGCGCAGGACCGGAGAGGGGGCACAGCGCGUGGAGCCGAUGGUACGACCGCGGCAACACGGCCGCAUGA